UUUUUUCUUACCAAUACCCAUCCAGAAGGUUUCAACUUGGAAGUCGGGCGAUUUUGUUAUACAUUUUCUCUCCCCGAUAAAUUUCUCAAGAAUAAUAGUCGACAUGUCCGCCGUCCGGUUCGGCAACCAUUUAAAAGAGUUGCGGCUCCACUUCUGCCAGAAGUCCGAAUCGAGCAAAGGCGUGCGUGAAUUUGUGGAAAAGCAUUACGUCGGCCUGAAGCAGGCCAACCCGAAGUUCCCGAUCCUGAUACGCGAAUGCGACGGUGUCAGACCCAGAUUGUGGGCCAGGUACCAGUUCGGCCAAGAGAAGUCGGCUUCACUCGAAGGGCUCGGAUCUAGUGAAGUGCUCUCCCAGCUCAACAACUUGGCCAAAGCUUGAUCUUCUGGUGUCCAUAGUCUUUUGUAAAAUUUGAAAAACAAAUCUGUUGUAAUUUUAUGUAAAUAAAUAUUUGUUGAAUUAUAAAAUAAA